AUGGCUCGACAGGCUCUGGUGGAUUCUUUGCUCAAAGAACUGGAGCCAACACUGGAGGUGGUCCAAACACCACUGGACGGUCGCAUGGUGAGCCCCUGGUUGCUGACGACACAGUGGCAUGAGCAGGUUGCAGGCAAGAAUGUCAAACUGCUGCGGAGCUGGGUUUCCCUACCCAAGGAUGAUGAUGGGGACAUCCCUGGACUGAAGCUUGCAGUGCAAGCAUACUAUAGAAAAGCGCUCUCUCUGCUAGACCAUACACAUGAACUGGUCCUGAAGAGAUUACAUUCACCUGACCCCACCAAAAAUGGCAUCUCCAACACACCCUUCCACAAGCACCUCCAUGAGGCCACCAUGAAGCAAUACAUCAUCCCAGUGGUUGCUCUACUGGCAAUGUUGAUCAGACAACAACAUGCUGGAGGGUCAUUCUCUGGGUCAAACCCCAAUGUCAUGGAGCUGCUUGCAGUGCUCCGCAUGGGGGAUGAAGAAGGACCAGAGGCUUUGCAGAUCAUCCACCAGCUGCUCUUUGAGGUUUGGAGCACGGCAUGGAAGCCUCGAGGGGAGAGGGAGAUUGUGGACCCCACAGAAAGGUGUCUGGCCCUUCUGACCCUUGGGGAAGAUGGUGGAUUCAAGGAGCCACACCUAGUCACUGGGAUCAUAGCCAAGUUGGAGUAUUGCAUGCGACUCACGUUCCUCCAAGAGAUUCACCACCGCAUGCAGUCAGACCCCCAGAGCGAGGACCUGGACCACUGCCUGGAUCUGGGAAGCUUCUUUGUGGAAAACACCCAGUAUACCUUCUCUCGUCUACGUUCUCUUCAACACAGGGCAAGUUCCCUGUCAUACGAUACCAUGAGCCUUCCUCAGGUGUGGUGGACAGACACCAAGACCUGGAAGACGAUGCUCUACCGAGGGGAGCAGGUGGACUUUGGAGAUCUCUGCAAGGUCUUUGAAGAGACAGAGGCAAAGCUGGUAGAGGCUUGGGAGCAGGGGGUGCUGAUGGGCAAGGAUAUCCGAGUGGACUAUGACAAGAUUGCAGAGGACCUCAUCAACAAGGAUGUUGGCUACUGCUUCCUGUCUGAUGUCAGAAAUCCAGAGCUUGGCAGUCGAGGCCGACUGGUCAGGCACUUCCUCGAAGAUGAGGAAACUUUUGCCCACUUUGCCAUGGUACGGCAGGGAGGUAUUGUAUGGAAUGUGGGUGCCCUCCAAGCUUGGUUGAAGAAGUAUGCAGAGCUGCAAAGCCUGCUCCUAUUGAGGGCACAGAUGCUCAGUGGUGCACCAAGUCGUGGCACAGAGCUCACUGCGAUGACCUAUCGCAACACUCAAACUCGACCGACUCGAAACCUGGUGGUCCUGGGCAAGCACGUGUCACUGCUUUGCCAAUAUCUCAAGACCACAGCAUUGACAGGGAAGGACAAGCUGAUCCCUCAUGCCUUGGAUGCCAUCACCAGCGACAUCUUGGUACAGGACCUAGCCUUGGCACGACCCUUUGCAGAGAUUGCAGCCAAGGCAUGCUUCCCAGACAGGCCAGAGGUGGUGGACCUGUACCGAAACCAUGUCUUUGUCAACUAUGAUUGCCUCUUUGACUCCAAGGACCUCUCAUUGAUCAUGAGCAGGCACAGCCUUCCCACCAUGCACUUUGGGCUGACCAUCAACUCAUGGCGACACAUCCAGACAGCAUGGAAACGAAAACUUGGCUGUGCAGUGGAGGAUGUGAUAGAGAUGGACAGGGAAGACAAUGUGGAAGCCCUGCAGGCAGGCCAUAGUCGGUCUACAGAAAACCGAGUGUAUGGCAUCAGCGUGGAAGCUCUGGCUGGAGCUGCAGAGGAUGUGCUACCUGCAUACCUCAAUGCCAGCAUGGAAUGGCAAAGGCACUGCCAGGUGGCAGUCAGUGGCCAGUCAACAUCAUACAAGACUGCACGGGCACACCCCCCAUCACCAUCCCCAUCCCCAGCUGCUCCACCAGUACCUGAGCCCAGGGAAAACAAGCGACCGGUUGCUUAUUCCAUGGCAACAGAGGCAGUCCAAAAGGCCAUGGUAGAUGCAGUGGUGGCCAAACUGCCAUCCACAGAUGAGAUUGCCACCAAGGUGAUGGACAAGCUGAUGCCUGCACUGAAGGGAAUGUUGCAGGAGGUAAUUCGAUCCACCACAGGAGGUCCAUCAGAGAGGACAGACAAAGGGAAAGGGAAGGAGAGGGAGAGGGAGAAAGAGCAAGGGCAGAGUACCAGUCAUGUAGACGAGUCCCUAACAUGGCCUUUCACAGUCCAGCCUGGAGAAUGCAGCACAAGUGACCAGUCAGCUACCUUGGAUCAGGCACUAAAAGCGAUGCAGGGCCUACUGAAGAACCCAUCAGCAAGCUGGAAAUCAAAGGAACAGCAUGCCUGCAUGGCAACAGUACUCAAAGGGGAAACAGACCUGGUAGCAGUGCUGGGUACUGGAGCUGGCAAGUCGAUGCUGGCGAUCGUUCCAAGUGUGGUGCAACCAAAGGAAGCCACGGUGCUAGUCUUGCCUCUAAAUUCUCUCAUGCUGGACUACCGACGACGACUGGAGGAGUUCAGAGUGCCAUACCAAGUCUAUGGAGCAGACAAACCCUUGAGCUCAUCCACGAAUUUGAUUCUGGUCACAGCAGACAGGGCAUUGACAUCACAGUGGAGGUCUGCGCUGGCGAUGCUGAACCAAAGCAAGAAGGUGGCCAGGCUGAUAUUUGACGAGGCCCACAUUCCACUGAUGUCGAAAGACUAUCGGAUGGUGUUCCAAAGCAUCCACCAACUACGAAGCGUCCCGAUGCAGCUAGUGCUGUUGAGUGCCACGCUUCCAAGAUGGUGCAUGGAGGAGGUGAAGACCACAUUCCAGCUGGUGCAGCAAACAGAGGUGAUCCGACAGAGUACAGACCGAUGGGAACUGGGGUAUCACUUGGAAAGG